CUGGUGUGAUUGGUGGAAUGCUCAUCGGAACACACACGUAACAAGAACAGUUCGUCGAAUUCAGCGGUUUCUGAGGACAUUAGUGAACAUGGACAGCGACUACGGGAAGGCAGGAAAGAACUCUGAAGUCGCCGAGGUUCUUGUCUCUCUUCGAGGAGGGAAGCGAGAAUCUCCCAGCCAUCAUAAACAGUCAUGGAUGUUCUGGAGAAGAAAACGCCACCUAGUGACAUUUCUUGCAUUCCUUGGCUUCGUUAAAAUGCACACCCUGAAGGUGAGCGUUAGCGUAGCUGCUGUCGCGAUGACCUCACCCUAUCACACCACCUUGGACAACGGCACCGUCGUAGAGGUACAAGACUUUACCUGGAACUCGAAAAUGCUGGGCAAUUUCCUCGGCUCUUAUUUCUACGGAUUUGUCAGCACUCAGCUACUUGGUGGGUGGUUGGGUAGUCGGGUUGGUGGUGCCCGACUGUUUGGUUGGGGCUUCGGCAUCACUGCUGUCAUAACAGUGAUCACUCCACCUAUAGCCUACACCAACUUCUACCUGCUUCUGAUCACCCGAGCUUUGACGGGUUUCUUUGAGGGGAUAGGGUAUCCGUGUUUAAUGGAGAUAUGGUCGAAGUGGAUCCCUCCUCAGGAAAGGAUGAAUUUGUUGAGUAUAGCUUUGUCCGGAGUGCCUGUCGGGACAGUGGUGGGUUUGCAGUCAGGUGGACUUAUAGCUGACUAUCUUGGCUGGGCUUUUAUAUUCUACAUCACAGGAGUUCUUGGAAUUUGUUGGACCAUUGUGUGGCUGUUGGUGGUGAAAGAUCGACCAGAGUACGAUUUACACAUAUCUUCUGAAGAGUUGAAAUAUAUCAAGGAUUCUAUGGAGGUCACUACUGAGAAUAAGCAUACCAACCACCCAUGGAAAAAGUUGUUUACAUCGACGCCGGUGUGGGCUAUUGCUGUCGGCAUUAUCUGCCAGACCUGGGGACACAUGACAUUCAUCACUCAACUGCCCAAGUUUAUGACAGAUGUUUACAACUUUAGACUGGCACAAUCUGGGUUCUUGACGUCAUUGCCUUAUAUCGUACUGGGUAUUGUCUCACAAUUCACCGGCAGACUAGGUGAUUGGCUUAAGAACGAAAAGAUUCUUACAAUUUCACAGGUCCGUAAAAUCUUUGGAUGUGGAUCGUUAUUUCUCCAAGCAGCUAUCCUCGUGCUUUCUACUCAGUUUGACUCAGCUACUUUGGUCAUACUGUGUCUAAUCACCCUUUUAGGAUUGGAAGCAUUUGGAAUAGCUGUCAUACCUUCCAAUGGUUUAUACCUAGCUCCGCAGCAUGCCGGUGUAAUAUUUGGGCUCGGCUGCACAUUGGGCAGUGUAACUGGCAUCCUCAGUCCUCUUCUCUCAGGCUAUAUUGUCACUGAUAAGAGCAAAGAGCAAUGGAAGAUCGUCUUCUACAUAGCUAGCGGCUUGUACGUGUUUGGAGGUAUUUUUUAUGGAUUAUUCUCAUCUAGCAAACUACAACCUUGGGCAAAAGAUAAUAACAAUGUGCCUGGUCACAAAGAGGACCAUAUUAACAACACAUUGUGAUCUCAUAUUAAAUUUCUAAAACAAAACAUUUAUAACCAUUACAUGAGUGAUUCCUUUUACCAAUAAAGAUCAUUACUUCAUAUAUUUUUA